AUGUCUCUCGAUCGCGCAUCUAAACUUACGCCACAACCAUGGACUGAUAUCUUUACGAACGACACCUGCAUUGAUCGACGACAAUGCCGUCGCACAGUGCCCAUGAAGAUCCUUGCCCUGGGUGUUGGCAGAACAGGAACUGCUUCCAUACGAGCUGCUCUUCAAAGACUCGGUUAUAUUGAAACCUAUCAUAUGAUGUCCGCCAGCGUGGAGAAUCCUCCCGACUGUUUGAUGUGGCACGAUGCUCUAUGCGCCAAGUACGAUGGGGUCGGCAAAUUUGGGCGCGCUGAAUGGGACCAACUCUUGGGCAAUUGUCAGGCUGUCUGCGACUGGCCGGCCUGUGCCUUUGCGAAGGAGUUAGUCGAGGCUUAUCCAAAUGCGAAAGUCAUUCUUAAUACCCGAGACGUUGACUCCUGGCACGAGUCUGUCAAGAGAACGGUUUACUGGCGUGCCAAAGACCCAGAACACUACCUCGCUUCGAAAGUCAGCUGGGCCGCCAGCAUGUAUUAUCCUAUGCUGAACAAGUUCUUUGAUACAUUCUUCCGCGGCGACUUCCUAAACGAGGGCAAACAAGUGUAUCUGGACCACCUGGAAGAAGUGCGUAGCCUAGUACCCCCGGAGAAUCUAUUGGAAUACAGGGUCAGUGACGGCUGGGGACCGUUGUGCAAAUUCCUGGGUGAUGAUGUCCCCGAAGAGCCUUUCCCGCGGGUUAACGAUAUCAGCAACUUCAAAGCGCGAUGCAGCAAACGCAAUCGACGGCAGAUGAUGAAUGCUGCCUUUCAAGCAGCGGCCUAUGGUGGAACUGUCUUUGCUACCGGGCUGAUUGCGAUUUCUUUCCUUCAGCGCUAUUUCUUUUGA